UAAGGCAAAUAGCACUCUUGGCUUACUUAGAAGAAUCCUUGGUGAAUGUAGCGCUGCUGUUAAGCCAAGAGCGUAUACUAGUCUUGUCCGUCCACAACUUGAGUAUGCUUCUACAGUCUGGAACCCUUACACCAAGAGGAACAUCUACAAGAUCGAGAUGGUUCAACGCAGAGCUGCUAGAUUUGUCUUCAAUGACUAUUCCAAAGCUAGCCACGUCUCUCCAAUGAUCGACCAUCUGGGUUGGGACAAUCUCCAACAACGGCGACUGCUACACCAAGCCACUAUGUUCUACAAGAUCCAUCAAGGCCUUGUUGGAAUCAGUCUUCCUGACGAC